AGAACCCUGGCAAGCAAGCCGGAGACACGUGGAGCUCACAUGUUCAUUGACCAUAACAUAGAGUGCUCCACUGAUUUGUACACAUAAAAAACAUUACCAUAACAGAGGACUUCACUGAUUUAUACAAAUAAAAAACAUUACCAUCCAGAUUUAAAAACAUAUGUUAUCAUCCUCAUGUGCACGAAGAAAAUCUCACCAGGCAGCUUUCGUUGGAAGAUACGUAUCUAGUCUCUUGGUGCUUUGCAUUUGUUGUUUUAGGCACACUGAUGAUAAAAGGGAUUUUUAAUCUUUUCUUCUUAUUUUUCACAUUUCAGGAAUCAAUGUUUCUCAAAUAUGGUUUAGCUGAAAUAAAGAUUUACAUUUGUGAAGAGUCCUUUCCAUCUCAAGGAGAGAAGCCAAGGUAUUUUUACCCAGUAGAGGAAUGAUGUAGUUCCAUCCAUAACAUUCUUAUACUUCCAGGUCCCCUUUUGUCAUCUGCUGCACAUUUAGAAGACUAUGAUGGGUAUGAAUGUGAAAAUUUGGAGUUCUCCGAUAACUUGUUGCUUCUGCCUGGAAGACUGUCCUUUAGAAGUUGGAAAAGUGCUCCACGUGGUGAUUGAUUCCAAGAGACAACACAAAUUGUAGAAAGAAAUGGAUGAAGACAGCUCAGGGGGCCCCCAUCACAUGCUUCCUGUCGUCUAGUCCAGGGCAAGCCCUUCUGUGGGGCCCUGACGUUCUGGGAUGUCGCCAGUUCUGGACGCAUGGCUGAUACCUGAAUGAUGAUGGUGCGCCGGGGGCUGCUUGCGUGGAUCUCUCGGGUGGUGAUUUUGCUUGUGCUUCUCUGCUGUGCCAUCUCCGUCCUCUACAUGCUGGCUUGCACUCCCAAAGGCAAUGAGGAGCAGUUGGGGCUGCCCAGGGCCAACAGCCCCACAGGGAAAGAAGGGUACCAGGCUGUUCUGCAGGAGUGGGAGGAGCAGCACCGCAACUACAUCAGCAGCCUCAAGAGGCAGAUUGCACAGCUCAAGGAGGAGCUGCAGGAGAGGAGCGAGCAGCUGAAGAAUGCCCAGUACCAUGCCAGCGAUGCCGCGGUCCUGGGCCCUGACCAGGGUGCCCCUGAGAAAGCCCAGGCUGACCUGCUGGCCUUCCUGCACUCGCAGGUGGACAAGGCGGAGGUGCAUGCUGGUGUCAAGCUGGCCACCGAGUAUGCCGCAGUGCCUUUUGAUAGUUUCACCCUGCAGAAGGUGUACCAGCUGGAGAUGGGCCUGACCCGCCACCCGGAGGAGAAACCCGUGCGGAAAGACAAGCGGGAUGAGUUGGUAGAAGCGAUCGAAUCAGCCCUGGAGACCCUCAACAGCCCUGCGGAGAGCAGCCCAAAUCAACAUUCUUACACCACCUCGGAUUUCAUUGAAGGAAUCUACCGCACAGAAAAGGAUAAAGGCACUUUGUAUGAGCUCACGUUCAAAGGGGACCACAAGCACGAAUUCAGACGCCUUGUCUUGUUUCGACCGUUUGGCCCUAUCAUGAAAGUAAAAAAAGAAAAACUCAACAUGGCCUACACACUCAUCAACAUUAUUGUGCCACUGGCAAAGAGGGUGGACAAGUUCCGACAGUUCAUGCAGAAUUUCAGGGAGACGUGCAUCCAACAAGAUGGGAGAAUUCAUCUCACCGUUGUUUACUUUGGGAAGGAAGAAAUGAAUGAGGUCAAGGGAAUACUUGAAAACACUUCCAAAGCUGCCAACUUCAGGAACUUCACCUUCAUCCAGCUGAGCGGAGAGUUUUCCCGGGGAAAGGGCCUCGAUGUGGGAGCCCGCUUCUGGAAGGGAGGCAACGUCCUUCUGUUUUUCUGUGACGUUGACAUCCACUUCACCUCCGAAUUCCUCAAUACCUGUAGGCUGAACACACAGCCAGGGAAGAAAGUGUUUUACCCAGUCCUUUUCAGUCAGUACAAUCCUGGAAUAAUAUAUGGGCAUCACGAUGCGGUCCCUCCCUUGGAACAGCAGCUGGUCAUAAAGAAGGAAACUGGGUUUUGGAGAGACUUCGGAUUUGGGAUGACAUGUCAGUAUCGGUCAGACUUCAUCAAUAUAGGUGGGUUUGAUCUGGACAUCAAAGGCUGGGGCGGAGAGGACGUGCACCUGUACCGCAAGUACCUGCACAGCAACCUCAUAGUGGUGCGGACACCGGUGCGGGGCCUCUUCCACCUGUGGCACGAGAAGCGCUGUGUGGACGAGCUGACCCCCGAGCAGUACCGGAUGUGCAUGCAGUCCAAGGCCAUGAACGAGGCCUCCCACGGGCAGCUGGGCAUGCUGGUGUUCAGGCACGAGAUUGAGGCUCACCUUCGCAAACAGAGACAGAAGACAAGCAGCAAGAAAACAUGAACUCCCAGGGAGAGCUGCGGGGAGAUGUUUCUUUUUCCUUUUUUCCCUUUUGCAAUUAACCUGACGGGUGGCUGCAACAAGGACAAGAUUUUCAUAAAGGGCAAAAACAGAAGUUGACUGAUUAGUAAAAGAUGAGGGGAGAGAGCCUCCAAUUUCUGCCUGUGUGGGUUUACGCACCAGGAAUUAAAACCUGCCACUUUGUCUGCCAAAGCAGCCCAAAUGGUUCCUGCAAUAUCUGAGGAAGGAGAACGGUAGUGAGGUUGUAAGCUUGAUGGCCUGGAGGUUUUGUUUGUGUUUGCAGCAAAGUCAGAUAGGUUGUUUUCUAUGCUCAUUGAAAUAUUUAUGAACUAAGACCAGUUUUGUAAAAAGUUCAUUAGAACGGAAGGCAGGUUUCUCCCCGUAUGAAUGCUUGUAUCAGUAGCGCUCUGGUGUCUAGGGAUGCUUAAACAACAGAAGGCAGGUGAGGAGACCGUGGGAAAUUCAAAGAUACCCUCAUGACAGCCCUUGUGAGUAUAUUAAGCAAAACCAAAUGGACUAAAAAAGAAAAGAAACCAUAACUGUGUGUCAUUACCCCCUCCCCCCAGAUAAACCAAAAAUAAUAUCAUCUUUUUGGUUGUAGUUUUAACCAUCUCCAUUUGUUUAUUUUAUUUUUAAAUGCACUUUUCUUUUGCUUAUGAGUUAUAUUUUGCUUAUUUAAUGACCUAUUUGCAAGCCUUAUUAGAGAGAGCACAAGUUAGCAUACACUCUCAUCUUUUUUUAAGAAGAUACUUCUAGAUGCAUAUGAGAACUUGCCGUUCAGAGCAUCAGAUUGAUGCCCACGUCCGAGGACCUGCCAGAUGCCAACCCUGCCAGGCUCUAUGUCAGACCUUUACCUGGAAGGCCACUGACGGAUCAAGACAUGAAGUACUUUAUCUGAAGAGUAUUUCAGAAGAGGAGCAACUGAACACUGGAGGGAGAGAAAAAAUAUAUACUUUUUUACCUUAACAGAAAGGGAAACCCAUUCAGUCUGGUGGCAACUUGAUUUAUUUAAAAGCCAGAAAACACAUUUUUCCCUUGGGAGAACUGAGGACUACUUUCUCACCUGUUUAAAUAAGCCAAAGUACACUGUGUGAACCAAACAAUCUCUUUUCGAAGCAGGGUGCUCUUCCUGGCUUCUGGUUACCAUGAGAAUAAUUGCAGCAAAAUGCAUUUGUGAAAGAUCACUCCAUCUGCCGGAGUCUCAUGGGAUGGGAGAUUUUGCUACAUGUUCACCCACCGGAGUCUAGGGGGAAGUAACUUUAUUAUUUUUUAAGUGAAGCAGUUCUACUCAGUUACCAAGAUGCUUCUGAAAAUUGCAUUUUAUUACAUGUUCCAACUAUUAAAAAAAAUAAAUACAGUUAACAUUGAGUGUUUUCUACAUUCAUGUGGAAAUUAUUUAUUUAUUAGCCAGCACCAGAUGCAUGAGCUAAUUAUCUCUCUAAUUUCUUCUGUUUGCCCUCAGUCAAGCCAUUGUUUAAAAGCUUCAAGAACAUUCAAGCUGUUGGUGUGUUAAAAAAAAUGCAUUGUAUUGAUUUGUACUGGUAGUUCAUACAAUUUAAUUAAA